GGCGCCGACGCCAUUGCCAGCUAGACCACGUGACUUGCGGUUAUAAAAACCAAUUGGCGUCUUGCCUCGUUCUCUUUUCCCUUAGCGUAAGCGUAGCGGUGAAAAGUCGUCACGGUUUCCCGUUUAAUUAAAAAAAAUACUACUAAACUAAUACAAAUACGCGUGUUUCGCCAUGCCUGAUACAAUUACCAAUGGAUACACAAACGGACACAUGCCGUACGACAUGGAAGAUGGAUCAAAUUUUCUCUUCACCUCCGAAUCUGUAGGAGAAGGCCAUCCAGAUAAAAUGUGCGACCAGAUAAGUGACGCCGUACUAGACGCUCAUUUGAGACAGGAUCCGAAUGCUAAAGUUGCCUGUGAAACCGUAACCAAAACCGGCAUGGUUUUGCUGUGCGGAGAAAUUACAUCAAAAGCAAACGUGGACUACCAAAAAGUCGUCCGAGAAACUGUAAAGCACAUUGGCUAUGAUGAUUCAUCCAAAGGGUUAGAUUUUCGCACACUCAAUCUUCUACUAGCAAUAGAGGAGCAAUCGCCGAAUAUAGCUGAAGGGGUGCACAAAGACCGAAACGACGUUGAAGUUGGUGCCGGUGACCAGGGGCUAAUGUUCGGUUACGCAACCGACGAAACAGAAGAAUACAUGCCAUUAACUGUUGUUUUGGCGCACAAGCUGAAUGAAAAAAUUGCAGAAUUACGCCGAUCAGGAGAAUUUUGGUGGGCCAGACCUGAUUCUAAAACUCAAGUAACCGCCGAGUACACUUUCAACCAUGGAGCUUGCAUUCCUCAAAGAGUCCACACUAUUGUCGUAUCACUCCAACACAGCGAAAAAGUCACACUGGACGAGCUCCGAGAUGCCAUUAAAAGUAAAGUGAUUAAAGAAGUAAUCCCAGCCAGGUUCAUCGACGAUCAAACUGUGAUUCACAUCAAUCCUUGCGGUCUUUUCAUCAUUGGUGGACCUCAAAGCGAUGCCGGUUUGACCGGAAGAAAAAUUAUUGUGGACACAUAUGGAGGCUGGGGUGCUCAUGGAGGUGGCGCAUUUUCAGGAAAAGAUUUCACUAAAGUAGACAGAUCUGCAGCUUACGCCGCUCGCUGGGUAGCUAAAUCCCUGGUAAAAGCUGGAGUGUGCCGCCGCUGUCUGGUACAAGUCUCGUACGCUAUUGGUCUCGCGGAACCUCUCUCCAUUUCAGUAUUCGACUAUGGAACCUCAAAGCUGAAUCAGAAGCAGCUGCUCGAUAUUGUGAACAGCAACUUUGACUUGAGGCCUGGCAAAAUCGUCAAAGAAUUGAAUCUUCGUCAACCAAUUUACCAAAAAACCAGUACCUACGGACACUUUGGUCGUAAUGGAUUCACAUGGGAAACGCCGAAAUCUCUCAAGCUCGGCCAGUAUGCAAGCCUAAUUUAACGUACAUAUAUGGAGUUUAUGCAUGGGCUUCGAAUCAUCCCAGAAGCAUAUUUAGGUUAAUCACAGCAAAUGUAAGUUAGUGAAUAUGUAGUAGGUCUAUCAUUUAAUGUGGUAUGGCCCAAACUGAAAAGGAUUUAGUAUUUUUAUAUCGUAACGAAUACGUGAAAGCUCAAUUUUCUUGCAGCUGAACCACAGCUAUGUCGGAGGGAAUUUUUGAUGAGCCAAAAAUGCUUUCUCCCGAAAAAAGCAAGUGUUAUCUCGAUUUAUUUUUUACAGAACCUCGAAACAAUAUGUGAUAUAUUUCCUGAAAAAAAAUUCGUGUUAUUUCAAAUACAAUAAUCUGUAGUUGAAAAGGAAAAAGUUGUUGUGCUUAACAAUCUCAACCUCGGUGAUCUUUUCGUAAAAAGUUUUCAUUUUUAUAAUAUUUAAAGGUCAAACUUUGAUAUCUUUAGUGCUCAAUAAUUAUUAUGCGCAUGGUUAAAUUAAAACAGCCAAAAACCCCACCAGUUACAUAGUUGUAAUCCACCGAUCCAACACCGUUUUUAUAGUAUCUUAGUGUCUGCAAUGUCUUAGAAAAAAAACGGGUUGGUGUAUCGGUAUGAUUAUGUUGUGCUAAUGACCGAAAACGGGAAAAGAGCGUGCCGUUUGCACACCGGGUUUAGCUGGAAACAGAUGAGCUUUCACAUGAUUGGCUAAGGACAGGAUUCCCAGUGGUUGAACUGAAUCAAACGUUUGCAUUAGUUUUCAGAAAAAAAUAAAAUUGAAACAUCCAAUUUAAUUUAACAAUUGGGACUUCUGUACUUAUACAUACAUUACAAAUUAUCAUCAAUUAUCGUGCAAAUGAAAAACAUGGUAUGGCUAUGGGAAUGAAAAUUUAUUUCAUUUGAAUAACUUUUAGACAAGCAUUUAUUAAUGCGCUCGUUUUUGUGAAAGAUGUAUUUUCUCUAUUCCUAAUUGUUGAAAUUGUCUACAAAUAUUGGUAAUUUAUAUGUCAUGAAAUUGGUAGAAUAAAUUAAAUGUAGAAAAAGAAUUAAAUUGGUUAAGAAUGUUUUGCAUUGAUCUUUAACCACGUUAGGUUUUAUAGUUGACAUUCUUUCAUUAACACAUUAAAUGUUAUUUUCAGUGAACAAUUUUAUUCAUCAGUAAAACAUUUUUUUAUUAUUUAUAGUAAAUGUUAAGUAGCCAA